UCAGCUGUUUGCGGGAUGCCCCGAGCGGGCGUAUUUUGGAAACAAUACCGCGCGGGGCACAGUGGCCUCCUCCCGCGCCACCAGCCAGCUGCCGCCGCCGCCCCUGCCCGCGCCUCCCGCCACCCGCCUCAGUCCGCUGGGCUCUUUCCCUCCUUCCCAAUUGCGUCUGGGCGCCAAGCCCGAGUGCUCGUCACGCUGGACCCUGGCGCGGAGCCCUGGCAUCACGAUUCGGAGGCUGAGACUCUCUCCUGGAGUCACCCAGGGGAGAUGGAGCCGCCUCAGUGUGUGGAGGAGCUGGAGGACGACGUGUUCCAGCCAGAGGAUGGGGAGCCGGGGACCCAGCCUGGGAGCUUGCUCUCUGCUGACCUGUUUGCCCAGAGCCAGCUGGACUUCCCCCUUAGCCGUCUGCAUCUCUUCCCUCUCACCCACUGCUGUGGCCCUGGGCUUCGACCCACCAGCCAGGAGGACAAGGCCACCCAGACCCUCAGUCCGGCCUCCCCGAGUCAGGGUGUCAUGCUGCCUUGUGGGGUGACCGAAGAACCCCAGCGACUCUUUUAUGGCAACGCUGGCUACCGGCUCCCUCUCCCUGCCAGCUUCCCUGCAGGCUUGCCCCUCGGGGACCAGCCUGCUGAAGGGCAGUGGCAGCAUCGAGCAGAGGUACAGAUUGCCCGAAAGCUUCAGUGCAUUGCAGACCAGUUCCAUCGGCUUCACAUGCAGCAACACCAGCAAAACCAAAAUCGGGUGUGGUGGCAGAUCCUUCUCUUCCUACACAACCUUGCUUUGAACGCAGAUGAGAACAGGAAUGGGGCGGGUCCCAGGUGAGGCUGGGCCGCCCUCUUUGUCCGGGGCACCAUAGGAAGGACGUUGUCGAGGACUGACACUGUGUCUUGUGAAGUUGAUUGUUGCUGUUUUGUAUUUGCAUUUGCCAAGUUUCUCUUCCAUGUACAUAAGACAUACCCUACACGGGACUUCUUUCCCCGUUCAGGACCUCGACCAGGAAUGAGGGCCGUUGUCAAACACUGUUGAAGCGGAGGCUGAUGGGUCUGUGGUGUGGGACCUCCCAAGGGCUCUGACAAGUCGAGUCUUCAGUGAGUGGUUGUUAAAGAUAACCAGGUAGUGAUGUUCUCCAGCCAGUGGAUGUACUUUUCCCACAGCGGCUUUGUUGAGAAAUAGGAGACUGGAUUAGACUCCUGGUCCCGCCAACGCUAUCAGCCUUCUACCAUGGACGGGCCUGAGAUCUGCCAGUCACACUGCUUUCAUUCCCCAGGGCCUCGGCCAGGGGCUUUCCAGCUGAGCAUGGCAACUUCCACAAGGCCAGUCAGCCAGCUCCAUAUCUGGGUUCUCCUUUGGCCCAGCCAGUGCCAGCCCCAAGGGCUCAGGGAUUCUGGCCCAGCCCCUGUCAUCUCCAGCAGACCUCAGGGAGGGUUGGGUUUCUCCAAGGACCCCUCAAAUGUGCCGCAAAAUGAACCAAACUUCUGGGUAGGCCCCAAAUCUUACUUGCUCCCGCUCAGAGGCCCAGCCUUGGGCCCGAGGUGCUGGACCCCUGCUACCUCUGGCUGCCUGAGGAUGGUUGGGUAUCCACCACGGAUGAGCCAAAUAGCCAAGGAACGUGCCAUAACUAGCAGCUUGUGCCUUCGUCAGCUCUUCUUUCAAAAGACCCAGCCAACAAACUGGUUUCCUCCCCUCUAUCUGCGCACUCUGGGGCACGAAGGGCAGGAUUACAGCGGGGCUGGGGAACGUGGGGGCCAUCCCACUUGUGAAAAUCAGCCCAAGAGGAACCCAGAGCCCUUGGCUUCCUUGGAAACAACAUACCUCCUCCCGUUUCUCCCCAUUCCUUUUCCGUACCUAGUGGGAUACAGGAAGAAGCCAGCUCCAUGGCUUUGUCAGCUGAAACGUGUCUUUUAGAGUGACAGACAAUGGUUAGAGUGUGGAACCGUCAAAGCUGGCUACACAUUUCCUGGCUUCCUUCAGCUUCCAGGGAGGCCAGAAGGGCGUGCUCCGGAGUUCAGUGGGCUCGUAGCUGCCUCUGAACUUCCCUUCUCAACCUGCUGUGGCACUAAUGGAGAGAAUUGAAAGCAGCCAGGCCGGCAGCUGUGAUAGCAGAUGCGGGGAAUCUGAAAAGACACAGGGAAUCUGUUAACCAGACACAUAGAAAUUAAAUUAUAAUUUUUGCCUAUGUAAGAAAAGGUAACAUUGGUGCUAACAUGAAGCAAGGCCCAAAGAAAAGGUGGCUUCUGUGGGCAGAGAAGACCUCAGAGCUACCCAAGGAAAUCAGAGGAGUCCAAGUAGACUCUCAAAUCUAAACAAGCCCAAGCUUCUCCAGUUCUACAGAGAGGAGGUCUUCAGGAAGCAUUCAUCUACUGGAUGUACAGUUGGGCAGGUUGUUCACUGCAUAAGGGCACCUGCAGAAGAAGGUAAUGGAAGCUAAAAUUCAGCUCAUGCUCUACCCUCCAGGCUAUAUGCCCUAGUUUGGGGCUAUGUCUGCUCAGAAGAAGGGGUGCCUUUCCUAAUUUGCACAAAGGUGCCAUAUGGGCUCCCAGUGGCCCUGAGGUGCAGGACCUCAGACUGUACAUUAGCCUUUGUUUUCUUCUGCUCGGAUGUUCUGGAGGUAUUACCUCUUCUUGGCUAGAAUUCUAUUCUCAGGGUGUAUACCAUGGUUUGUCUGCUAAGAAGAAGGGUUCCUGCUUACAAGGAGGAGCCCAGGGAACAGGUGAAGACCAGCUCCGGGACAUGCUGACCGUUGUGAAAUCCAGCCUUCUUUGCAUGUCUCCACUCUGUUUUCGGAUGUGCAUUGGACAUGUGCCGUUUUUUUCCCCUCUCCUAGACCAAGGCAGUGACAGGCAGGCUGCUGGUGUAUUCCCAAUGGCACACAAGAAAACCAGGAUGGUUUCUGCUAGCCACUUUGAACCCCACUUAGCGAACUUCCCACUGGAGCUGAGUGAGAGAACAAAUAUAUGGUCCGGGGCCUCAGUGCAGAGGCAAAGCCAUCAGCUUCAGAGAUCUUGGAAGGCCCAGGUAAAACGUCCCGUGGCCUGCCCUACGAAACUGAGCCCAGAGUUUGACAAGCCCACCUGAACACUGAGCCUGGGGCCAGGUGGAUGGUGAUCUGACUGCACUGUCUCCAUCUUAUGGGAAGCCAGGAACUAACUCACUGUCCUAAGCAAGCUGGGGCACAAUUUAAAACCCCCCUCCUUCUCUCUUGCCCCCAAAACACACAGGAGGUCAACAGUCCCUGGAAGGAGAGAGGUUCCUCCUGGCUGGCUGGUUUUAAUUGGCCUAGUGAUCUAGACUGGCCCCUUCCCCCUCUGCCUGGUGACUUGAUCUGAACAUUCCUCAAGUCCAGCCUCAGGAGACAUAUCCCUCCCUCUGGGCCCCCUUCCCUCAUCUCCAGCCCCCACCCCUCAUCCCCCAUGCCCCAGAGUUUGGCCGUCUCUAGUUAGGGGGUGGAGAAUCAGAUUUGGAGGGAGGGAGACUCUGACCCAGCUCCUGACCUGUAACCAUCUGAAGACUUGUGGAGUUUUUGUGGUUUGCUGAGGGUGAGGGGUGGGUGAGGGGCUGGAAACCUCCCUCUCAUUAUAGAAAAGCCCUGGAGGGAGGAAGCCUGAUAUUCAGCCCUUCUAAAUCAGAACCCUAGAGUUUCUGGAAGCUGGUAGACAGAACUGGGGAGAGAACCCCCCCCCC